CCGCUCUCCCACCAUGCCGGCGAAGUGGCUGCUAUAGCGAUGUUUACAGCGUAGUCACAACGGCCGGCCAUGUGUUCAGUCGGUGGCUCGUCGCGCGCCGCGCAGCACUCGUUUUCUUUCGUGCGUGUUCGCCUCGUGACUUUUCGUAUACCUUCGCCUCACGAAAGCGUUCCCGUAUGACAACCACUUGAUUGUCAAACGCUCGCCGCUGUUCUACAGGUCCCAAAUUAUCCACAACAUUGCGAAAAAAAAAAAAAAAUCGAGCGAUCGAACGAUUAGAAAUCAAAGGAAUCUUUAUUAUUAUUGCCGUAUCAGUACAGUUACUCGUUAUGAUAAAUUCGCAGGGCGAGUUUCACGAGUUGCCCGACUAUCGAUCGAUCGAGAUUUAUGACGACUGUUCGAUUAUUCCUGGACGUGCCAAUCCCGACGUUUCGAUCGAUUCGAGCAGGCGGUUGAUCAAUCCGGCCGGAAACUAGCGGGAGACGGAACAAUGACAUCGUCGGCGGUGCCGUCGGGAAUCAGGUACGUCGAAAUCUCGCGGGUUGUCCUGUGUAUCGUCGAGUUACGAAGUGACAGCGAGGAACAUUCAACGGACGUUCGUACACUGCACUCGUGAUCGUGCAGCUGCAGUGAAUCGAGUGUUGGUUUCACGCGGCUCGUUGUCAUGCGUAGACGCGAUCGUCCCGCGUCGAUUUGAUCAUCGAAAGCGAGCCGCGAUUCAUCGGAUCAGUAUCGAUAUUUCGGAAGAGCAACGGAGCGAAGGUAAGCGGCGUGAUCGCUCGUGCGCGUGUGUGUUAUGACUGGCGUAUUUUUCACGCGGCAGAAGGAGGGGAAUGAUGCGGGGUGGUCGCCGUUGAUCGUCGGCGCGCGUGAAAAGCGUGAAAAUCACGAGGAGGAGGGACGGUCGGUGAAAUUCGGCGGCGGUGGGCCGCAGGCUCGUUUAUCGGUGAUUGGCGCGGGAUACGCCGGCACCGGAAGUGCUAAAAUGCCCCGUAGCCUGCCGACUAGACGAGGCCUUCAGGCGUUGGCGCUCGUUCUCGCCACCGCUUAUGCCACUAUCCUCCUUUAUCAGGCCGUUGCACCUCGUCAGUGGGUUGACGAGAUGACGGUCGAAGUGAAUAGUAGAAACGUGUUGGUGGAGGUGUCGGCGUCGAGGAGGAUGAUGAUCAGCGAGGAAUCAUCGGUGACACCUGCGAUCGCGACUGCGACCAUGGCGCUGUUCACUACGAAUCUCGACGACGUGUUUAUCAGCGUGAAAACAACCAAGCACUACCAUCACUCCCGCCUGCCAGCUAUCAUCAGCACGUGGUUUCAAUUCGCCAAGGAUCAGACGUGGUUCUUUACCGACCGAGAUGAUCCCUACUUCCAGAACGAGACCAACGGCCACAUGAUCAACACGAAGUGCUCGUCGUCGCAUAACAGGCGGGCCCUCUGCUGCAAGAUGUCCGUCGAGUUCGACAGGUUCCUCGACAGCGGCCGCAAGUGAGUACUUCCGUUCUGUUUUCUUUUCUCCUUCAUUCCUUCAGCAUCCUCGGGAAACGAAUUUCGUUGAAAGCG